GUAACUCAUCACGUGACCCCUUUUCAAAUUUCAAACUACGAGCCUUUUUCAUUUUGUUUCUCUCUCUCCCUCAAAGAUGUGAAUUUGGAUCUGUGGAUUCAAAAGGAAAAAGAUCAGAGAUGAGAGAUGUAGAGAUGUGUUGUUGAUCUACAAUAUUAGAGUGGAAUCAAAAUCUUCAUUUUCAUCUUCCGACUUGAUACAGAGCCGGUGUGGGAUCUGAGUUUGUUCUUCAUCUAGGGUUUUGAUGAUGAGAGCAAUUGUGUGACGGGCUUUCCUUUCAUCUUUUCACUCCAAACCCUAAACAACUCUCCAUCAUCUCUCAAAGCUUCAUCGGCUGUGAUGAACAUAUCCGGUGAUUAUGCUUGUGUAUCGUCCGCCGAUAUGAAGUAAACCUUAUCCAAACGCAGAUAAUAGAUAUUACAGAGAAUGAUGUACAGUCGUUGUCUGUUCAUCGAAGAUUCCAUGGUUCGUCUCGUGACCGAUCCAAACGCAGAUCUGUUCAUCGAAGAUUUCAUGUUUGUUGGACUGAUUGUGAAUCUAUAAAUGGGUCAAGAUUUAGAGCUCGAUUUUGAGAAGUACUGUGUGGUAGAUGGAAGUCCUAUAACAGUUCUUUUAUCUACCCAUGAUACAAAAAUCAAAAAGAAAAAAAUAUUAGAAAAGAACCCAAGUGUAGAAAUGAGGUAUUGUUGGAUAAAAGCACAGAAUUUGGCACGUGUUGUUCCGUCAUUGGGGCCUGAGGGUGUAGACCUUCUAUCUUUAUUCAUCAAACACAUAAUGUUUUUAAGUUAAUUAAUAGUUAGGUUUUUCUAACUUCUGAUUUGACUUAAUUUCAUGCUUUGUUGUUUUUAGAAAACGCUGAAAUACGACCCUGCUGGCAGGAUUUCGGCUAACAUGCUAUGGAUCAUCCUUAUUUCGAUAGCUUUGACAGAUCAUAGUUCUGAUGCUUUUGCCCUGCUGUUUGAUUAUACCGUGUGUAUGCAUUCUACAAGUUAUGUUCUUAUCCUACAAGUGUUAUGUGAUUAUCGUGCUUUUGUCGUAAACCUUUAUUGCAUCCGAAAAGUGUCCGUGUGAUAUGCAUUCUACACGUUAUGCUCUUAUCCUACAAGUGUUAUGUGUUUAUCGUGCUUUUGUCGUAAACCUUUAUUGCAUCUGAAAAGUGUCGUUCAUGACAAACCCGAGAGUAGCAGUUCGUUGCCUGAUCCUGGGGACUGGGAUCCUAAUUAUAGUGAUGAACUGCUUUUGCAAGAUGAUUCUUCAGAAUUAAACAACAUGACAAUGGGAGUAUGCAAAGUAGUCAAGCUUUUACUCCUACAAAAUCUUUUGUUGGAGCUGGGCGAUUUAAUCAAAUGUCAAACUCAAAUAUGUCAAUACAGAGGCCAAACAAGCAUUCCCACAUGCAGAUGGAUCUCCCGAUGUGUAUGUUCACCCUAUGAUGCGUUCUUCCCAUUUAAUGCCCCAUUUCUCUCAGUUUGCACCCAGCCAGUUGGGUCAACAGCAGCGAUUCAGUCACGGGCGGUCAAUGGGUGCUCGUGGUGGCGAAUGGAAUCAUGUCAAGGUCCAGCCCCCACUUUCCAAUUACAGCUCAGCGGGUCAACGUUCCCACGGAAGCAACAACAAUUCGCCAUGGGGGCGUAGGGGCAACCAUCCGAUAGCGACCAAUAUUCUCCCAUCUUCACAUGGUGGAAACGAAUAUGGAAGGAUUGCAUGAUGGUUACAGUUUGAAAUUAUAUAUAGAAAAUAUGGACUCUAAGGAAGGAAUGUUAUGCUGAUAAUUGGUAGUUGAAGUACGACUUAUGGAAGUGCAUUCAUAGUGAAUUUUUUCAUUUAAGACUUAUGAAACUGGCUUCUUUCUAUUU